CGUCGCGUCGUGACGUCAUAUUUCAAAAUGGCAGAGCCCGCGGAAAGACCCCCUGGAGUCGACUCCAUUUCCCAAGAAAAGAUGUCAACAGCGCGACUUGUAACAAUUAUAAGGCCGAGGAGGGUUAUUUGAACACACACCAUUCAAUUAUUAUAAAUGAAAGUCACGUUUUGUAACCGCUCUGGUCUCGUCCCAGCGGAAGUGACGCUAGCACGUCAUCAGAAUACAACAGAUCAACACGACGAGAGAGACAUUCUGCCGCUAGACGAAGGUCACCGAGCAGCGACGAAGUUUGCAUUUUCGGUAGAGGUCCAGGGAGCCACGAGGGCGGUGCUAAAGAGACGCGGGUUGCUGACCCCCGGCCUACACCCUAGACUGGCCGCCAGUUCAUCACAGGACACAUGAACAAGCCUUCGCCCUCAAAUCAGAGAAAGCAGCAUCUGCUCAUCCAGAAACAACAACACCAGAAAUGUGUCCCGUGAAAAACCGUCCGACCAGAACUCUAAUAACUAAAGUUCCUUGGGUGAAUAAUGGUAACUCACUACACCGCAGAGGAUGGAUGUCCCAUAACAAGAAGGUGGAGAAAAAGAAGAAGCUUAUCGACUACGGUGUCUGCACGGACUACAAAGGCGGACCUGCACAAAUUUUCAGGUACCAGAAGGUAAGCUAGGCGGCCGUGCGUGACCGACGGCGCCGAGGAAAAACACAGAGGAGAGACGCAGUUCGCAGCAGUGAAGCAGAACGGAGGACGGCAGUGUGUGUCGGCGGCUGCAGAGGAGCAGCUUGAAGAGGAAAUAAAAAAGGCACCCGGAGCUACAGAAGAGCUGCGUGGAGAGGGAGCCUCAAGCUAGGAUGGCUACAUAUGGGACUGUCGGUGAAUUUGUGGAGGGACACGAGGACUGGACGGAGUAUGAAGAAAGGUUGGGACACUUUUUCUCUGCUAAUGGGAUUACAGAAGAGGAUAAAAAGCGCUCUAUUCUCCUGAGUGCGUGUGGAGCAAAGACUUAUAAGUUGAUAAGGAACUUGGCCACACCGCGGAAACCGGGAGAGAUCCCAUAUGAUGAUCUUGUCACGCUCGUGGGAAACCACCACAAUCCAAAACCUUCUGUGAUAGUCCAAAGAUUCAAGUUUCACAGCUACUUCAGGAGGCAAGGUCAGUCUGUGGCUAACUUUGUAGCCGAGUUACGGCAGCUGUCAGAACAUUGUGAUUUCGGGGCAGUGUUAGAUGAUAUGCUACGUGACAGAUUAGUGUGCGGCAUUAAUAAUGACGCCACACAACGCCGCCUGCUGGGGGAAACUCCACCACUGACGUUCAAGAAAGCUCUGGAAAUCUCCCAAGGCAUGGAGAUGGCUGCUAAUAAUGCCAAGGAUAUCCAGAAAGGACAUGGAGGAGCACAAACAGCAGCAGUGCACCAUGUCAGGAGAGAGACUGGUAAGCAUGAAAGAAAAGUGGAGUGUUUUCGUUGUGGAGGGGGACACUAUGCAAAUGACUGUAAAUUUAAAGACGUUGUUUGUCAUGCUUGUAACAAAAAGGGACAUUUAGCCAAAAAGUGCAGAAGCUCAAAGGGGAAGGGCAAGCCGGGGCUGGGAAAAAUGCAGCAGGCUCAGGCAGCCACACAUCACCUAGAUGAAGAAGAUAAAGAGGCUGUGUGUUCUUUUAACAUGUUUGGUGUGGAAACGGAUGAAGAACCACCUGAGCCUUACUAUGCAACAGUCACUGUAGGAGGGCAGGACAUUAAGUUUGAGAUUGAUUCAGGAGCUACAGCCUCCGUUAUCAGUGAAGACACUUACAGGAGGACGUGGGGGUUUAACCAGCCUCCCAUCCGCCCAUCAAAGCUCAAACUUAGGACCUAUACAGGGCAGCCCAUUCCUCAUUUGGGAGUGGUUUAUGUGGACAUUUUAGCAGAGGGUCAAAAAGCUAAAGGCAGGCUGGUGAUCGCUAAAGGCAGAGGGCCCAGUCUUUUGGGCCGCGAUGUGCUUAGAAAAAUCCGACUCAACUGGCAUGAAAUAAAAUAUGCAAGCACAACAGAGGUCACUCUGCAGCGAUACAGUGAUGUGUUCAAGGAUGAGCUGGGAACACUUAAGGGCAUGACAGUAAAGCUCCAUGUUGACCCUGAAGCCACACCUAGGUUUUUCAAGCCCAGAGCAGUGCCCUAUGCCAUGAAAGGCAAAGUUGAAGAGGAACUGGAACGAUUACAGAAGCUGGGCAUCAUCAAGCCCGUCCAGUUUUCAAGGUGGGCAGCACCCAUUGUUCCAGUGUUAAAGGAGGACAAAACUGCACGGAUAUGCGGGGACUACAAAGUCACAGUGAAUCAGGUCUCUAAGCUGGAGGAGUAUCCAUUGCCACGCAUAGACGACCUGUUUGCGACCCUGGCAGGGGGUAAGCUGUUCACAAAGCUGGACAUGAGCCAGGCCUACCAACAGCUACUGCUCGACGAGGAUUCAAAAGAGUACGUCACGAUCAACACACACAAAGGUUUAUUCAAAUACAAUCGCCUGGUGUUUGGAGUGGCAUCCAGUCCUGCCAUUUUCCAAAGAACAAUGGACACUCUGCUGCAGGGGAUUCCGCAUGUAGCAGUGUACUUAGAUGAUAUUUUGGUCACAGGGGCCACGGAGGUGGAGCAUCUGGCUAACUUGGAAGAGGUGCUGAAGAGACUCUCAGAAGCAGGGCUGCGAUUAAAGCGCAGCAAAUGUGUGUUUCUAGCACCAAGUGUGACCUAUCUGGGACACAGGAUCACAGCACAGGGACUCUGCCCAGUGGAAGACAAAGUGAGAGCUAUUAAGGAAGCUCCAAACCCCAAAUGCAUCACUGAACUCAGAUCGUUCUUAGGCAUGGUGAACUAUUAUGGCAAGUUUCUGCCCGACCUCUCAAAAGUUUUGGCCCCACUGUACAAGUUGCUUCACAAUGACACGAAAUGGCAGUGGUGUGAGGAGCAGGAGGCAGCUUUCAAGGAAGUGAAAGAGCUCCUCCAUUCAGCAACGCUCCUGGUUCACUAUGACCCGGAUAAACAGAUAACACUUUCAUGCGACGCCUCGCCCUAUGGAGUCGGGGCAGUUCUUUCGCAUGUAAUGGAGGACGGAUCAGAGAAGCCGGUUGGCUUUGCUUCACGUACCCUGACAAAAGCGGAGCAGGGAUACUCACAGCUAGACAAAGAAGGUCUGGCCAUCGUGUUCGCUGUCAAGCGCUUUCAUCAGUAUCUCUAUGGUCGCGCAUUCAAGAUCUACACAGACCAUAAGCCACUGAUGAGCCUGUUCAGUGAGACCAAAUGUAUCCCACCGCUGGCCUCAGCCAGGAUACAACGUUGGGCGCUCACACUGUCAGCCUACCAGUACGCCAUAGAGUACAGAGCAGGUAAGGAUAACGCAAAUGCCGAUGCACUGAGUCGGCUGCCUUUACCUGACACGCCUGCUGUUACUUAUGUGCCUCCAGAGACUGUUUUCUCACUGGAAAAGCUGGAAGAGACACCUGUGAAAGCAUCCCGGAUCAAACAGUGGACAGAGAGGGACCCAGUCAUGUCCCAAGUAAAAACUUUCCUUUUACAAGGCUGGCCCAGUGUGAUAGAAGGAGAGGAGUUGAGGCCUUAUACUAAACGUAAAACUGAACUGAGUCUGCAAGAUGGCUGCAUCUUUUGGGGUGCGAGGGUCAUUGUACCUCCCCCAGGCCGUUCACAGAUUGUGGAGGAAAUACAUGAGACUCAUCCAGGUGCAUCGCGGAUGAAAAGCCUCGCAAGAUCCUAUGUCUGGUGGCCAGGACUGGAUAAGGAUCUGGAGGACAAAGUGAAAGGAUGCACGCAGUGUCAGAUUAAUCAGAACAUGCCUCCACCUGCUCCUUUGCACCCAUGGGAGUGGCCAGACCGUCCCUGGUCUAGGCUACAUAUGGACUUUGCGGGCCCUUUUAAGGGGCAGAUGUUUCUCCUAAUGGUGGAUGCGCAUUCUAAAUGGAUUGAGGCCCACAUCAUGAGCAACAUCACAGCCCCCACAACCAUCGACAAACUCAGGCAAGUGUUUGCAGUACACGGCUUGCCUGACACACUAGUCACUGAUAAUGGUCCGACUUUCACCAGCGAGUUGUUCAGUGAGUUCAUGCAACAGAACGGCAUUCAUCACAUAAGAACAGCUCCUUUCCACCCAGCCUCAAAUGGACUGGCGGAGCGGGCUGUUCAGACAGUGAAGGAGGGCCUGAAGCGAAUGACAGGUGACUCACUCAGCACUCAGCUUUCACGAUUCCUGUUUAAAUACCGCCUCACGCCACAGACUACAACGGGGCGCACGCCAGCAGAGAUGCUGAUGGGGCGUCGGCCCAAGUCAAGACUGGACCUGCUGCGUCCGGACAUGAAGGCAAAAGUGCAGGGAAAGCAGGAAAAACAGAAAGAAAGACAUGAUCAACAUGCACGUGAGAGACAGUUGAAACCAGAUGACUGUGUCUAUGUGAGAAACUUCAGCAGCAACAACAACCAGCAGUGGCUACCUGGGAUUAUUCUCAAGAGGAGUGGGCCAGUUUCCUACGUUGUUAAGCUGACUGAUGGACGUAUCUUCCGCAGACAUCAGGACCAUGUGCGCCUGCGGCAGGAUACAGGCUCAGAGACAGACAGUUCCACUGAGUUUCCAGGGGCUGGACCAACAGCAGUAGGGGUGGGUUCGCCAGAGUCUGAGACAAGGACAGAGGCUUCUGUUUCCUCUGGAGAGGAUGGACACUCUCACACUGACAUCCAGACCUCUCCCAGUCUCCCUACACCAGAUCCACCGAAGUCACCCACACCAGCGGUGUCUGCUGGGUCACCAGAGGUAGUGCGAAGGUCGCAUCGCACUCGCAAACCUCCAGACAGACUGAAUGUGUGACUGAAAGUUUAAAUCUGCCAUGUUUUCAUGUUUUCAGGUUUAUAUUGCUAAACAGUUGCUGAGACAGUACUUUAAGUUUAUGUGUACGCCAGCUAAUGAUAACCACCGUUUUGGGUUUUCUCAAAGUCCAUUUAUAUUUUUGGGAAUGUUGGAAUCUAAAGGGGGAGAAGUGUUAUAAUGUGAACAUUCAUGAAAGCAUUAUUAAGUUGCACUCAUUAGAACAACGGCAAUAUAGCCAAGUGCCCACUUGGUGUCGCUGUAGG